AAAAGUCCUCUGUAUUUGAUUGGAUUUCUGCCGGAAGAAAAAGAAGGGUUUAAAUCCAUCUCAGUCCUGCGAAUGCGAGCAACCCAAUAGCAAAGCCGGAUGGCACCCACUAUUCUCUUCGUUCUAAUGGCUGCUUUCUUCAUUCCCACGAAUUCCCAUCUACAACUAACGGACCAAGCCUUUACCUCCGUAGCCCUCUCCCAACAAGGUCUCGAUUUUGUCAAAAACUUGCUUAUCGACGAGGCAAUUUCUUCAAUAAUCCCCCUCCAACUUCCCAAGAUUGAGAAAUCUGUGAAAAUCCCAUUUGUGGGUAACGUCCAUAUGGUCCUGUCGAAUACUACAAUAUACAAAAUCGAUGUUUCCGAGUCGUAUGUGAAGCCUGGAGAUACAGGGAUUGCGAUUAUUGUGGCAGGGGCUACUUGUAAUUUGAGUAUGAAUUGGUAUUAUUCUUACAGUACUUGGCUUGUGCCGGUUGAGAUUUCGGAUAGAGGGAGUGCUUCUGUUCAGGUUGAAGGCAUGGAAGUGGGGCUUACUCUAGGCUUGGAGAACCAGGAAGGAACACUGAAGCUUUCCCUCAUGGAGUGUGGUUGCUAUGUGAAAGAGAUAUCAGUAAUAUUGGAUGGAGGAGCAUCAUGGCUUUAUCAAGGUAUGGUUGAUGCUUUUGAAGGGCAAAUAGGUUCUGCAGUGGAAAAGGCUAUUACUAAGAAACUUGAUGAAGGGAUUUUGAAGCUUGACUCCUUUCUCCAAACUCUUCCAAAAGAAAUCCCAGUGGAUGACAAUGCUUCUCUGAAUAUAACUUUCGUAAAUGACCCUUUGUUGAGUAAUUCUUCCAUUGUAUUUGAGAUCAAUGGGUUAUUCACAGGAAGAAAAAGAGCUCCAGUCCCCAAGCAUCGCCUUGAGAAUUCACAGUCUUCAGUUUUCUGCCCCAGUUCUUCUCGAAUGCUUGGAAUUACAUUAGAUGAGGCUGUCUUUAACUCUGCGUCGGCCUUUUACUAUAAUGCAUCAUUUAUGCAAUGGAUUGUGGACAAAGUACCAGAUCAGUCUCUUUUGAACACUGGUGGAUGGAGAUUCAUUGUUCCCCAACUGUACAAGAAAUACCCAAAUGACGAUAUGAAUUUGAAUAUGUCUUUAUCCUCUCCUCCAGUCAUGAGGAUUGCAAAGAAUAAUAUUGAUGCAGUCAUUAAUCUAGACUUGGUGAUUGACGUUUUGGAAGCAGGCAAAGUAAUACCAGUUGCAUGCAUCACGCUGAUAAUUCGGGGCUCGGGUUUAGUUAAAAUUGCAGGAAAUAACCUUGCUGGCAGUGUGAAAUUAAAUGACUUCACGAUGUCAUUGAAAUGGAGUAAUAUUGGUAAUCUGCGGUUAUAUCUAAUUCAGCCUGUGAUGUGGACACUUAUUCAAACAGUUUUCUUGCCGUACGCGAACUCACACCUUGCAAAAGGUUUUCCUUUGCCCAUCAUUCACGGUUUUACCCUUUAUGAUGCUGACAUCAUUUGCUCAGAUUCAAGAAUUAUAGUCUGCAGCGAUGUAUCAUACAAAAAUCAAACAAUUUUAUAAGUUUCUAAUGCUUUGGGUUUAUAAAUAUACGAUCCACCUGUGUCUGGAAGUGUUUGUAGGAAAAGGAAGCGGCAAUCAGUCUCCCUUUUGUAGUUUGUACAUCUUGGUGGAGACUUUUGUAGUUUGUACAUCUUGGUCGAUCAGGUUGAACCACUCGCCAUUUGGAUGUGUGCAUUGUAAUAAAACCAUUUUUUUUGCUGAAUAUAUAAUAGAACUAUUUGAACAGAAACUUUCAGAGUUUAA